CAGAUUUGUACCAGCAAGGAUGAAGUGCAUUGUGGUUCUGUUGGCUUGUGCAGCUGUUGGGUGGGCACAGUCGUGCGGCCCCCAGCCAGGAGCACAGAAUUUGGCCAGAUCAGGAGGAGUCAAGCAAAGCUCCACCUACUCUCCUCAGUUCUCUGUUGAUAAAGCAGUUGAUGGAAUAAAAGACACAAAUACCUUUGCACACGGAUGCGCCAUUACUGGGAAUGACAAAGACGCAUGGUGGCAGGUGGAUCUGAGGAAUUCCUACAAAGUUGCUUCUGUGGUCAUAGUGAACAGAGGAGACUGUUGUGCUGAUCGUCUGAAAGGAGCCGAGAUCCGUGUUGGAGAUUCAGCAGAUAAUGACAACCCAGUAUGUGCCACCGUCACUGAUGUCUCCCAACUCACCAUCACUCUGUGCUGUAAGGGGAUGGUGGGUCGCUAUGUGAGUGUGGUCAUUCCCGGGCGCAAUGAAUAUCUCCAGCUCUGUGAAGUGGAGGUUUAUGGGGAGGAAUAUAAAGCUGAAGAACAAAAGUCCCUUUGUUGGUAACCUCAAGUUACAUUUAGUCAGUGACCUCCAGCAGAUGAAGGCAAAUCAAGGGUAGAAAGUAACUGAUCUUUCACCAAUAUCACUCUCACUUAUGGUUGCUACAUUGGGAAUACAAUGAGCUGCAUUUCAACAACAGUCCAGGCAAAGACCAAAACACCAUCUCUAAUGAAUACUGUGGAGCAACCAAAAGUUAUUAGACCAUGAGCUGAGCUGAUGACCAGCAGAACAUUGUCCAUCAACAGCUUCAUUAGAUUCUACUUCUCAGCAGUUCUCAUUAUAUGUUUUUAGAUGUUUGCAAAAAGGGUUUUAUUCUAUUAACUUUAUCAAUAUGGAACUCAUUUACCAUUUGCAUGGGUUCAAGUGCUGAAGCCAAAAUGGGCACAAAAAUUUCUUCGCUGAGGACCCAUCAGUGGAGUACUUGUGUUUGUGGUAUUACUGGUGGAAGCCGUGCUCCUCACCUUGAGCUGGGUCAGCGAUAGUCAGGCACCCCAGUACCUUGUGGCCUCAGUGCUCCCCCAGUCUAAAUGUAUUCAAUUCAAUUAUUUGUGCACCGUUGUACAAGUGCAAAGUGUCUCACAUUAGGGUGCUUUGUGUUGCCCCUGUCACCUUAAAGGGAUCCUGUCAUCGGAAAACAUGUUUUUUUCCAAAACACACCAGUUAAUAGUGUUACUCCAGCAGACUUCUGCACUGAAACCCAUGUCAGAUUUCAAAAUUGAAUAUAAAAAAAUCUGUUUGCUCUUUUGAGAAAUGGAUUUCAGUGCAGAAUUCUGCUGGAGCAGCACUAUUAACUGAUUCAUUUUGAAAAAAAAUUUUUUCCCUUGACAGUAUCCCUUUAAAGUGGGCCCAGGGCACUUCAAUCUGUUGAGGGCACUGACAGAAUGGAAUGUAAGUUUACUUGUCUAUCCCUUUCAUACUCUGAUUAAACAAUAAUUAGACCACAGUUCUACUACAUUCUUAUAAAGGUUUACAUAGAUUUGGUGCAAUAUUCUGUUUUUCUAAAAAUUUUAUACAAGCAGCCGCAAUCAAUAAAUGCAUUUUAAUGUGA